AUGGCGUCUACCCAAGGAGGAAAUGCAACAAUGACCAAUUCAGAAACGAAAAACGCUCCUUUGUCAUCCCCCAACUGCUCAGACACCGACUCCACGACUGAAGGGACAACAGUCACUGUCGAUAAGAAACUUGUUGAUUUUUUGACAUCCACCAAAGAAAUCAAAGAUGCCAAUGAGGCCGGCAACUCGGACGAUGCAGACGAUGCAGAUGCGGAAUAUCCAAAGGGCCUCAGAUUGGUCUUGAUCAUCUUUGGGCUCGCCAUGGCUGUAUUUCUAGUCUUCUUGGACAUGACCCUGAUCGCAACUGCCAUUCCUGCAAUCACCAAUCAGUUCAAUUCUUUGCAGCAUGUCGGAUGGUAUGGCUCUGCCUACAUGCUCAGUUUAGUAUAUGGGAAGUGCUUCGAGCUCUUCUCACUGAAGUGGACAUUUAUGGUAGCUAUUGCGUUUAGGGAAGUUGGUCUUGCAGUUUGUGGGAGCGCGCCCAACUCUAUUGCCUUCAUUGUCGGCCGAGCCAUCACCGGUAUUGGCUGCAGUGGUAUCAUCAUUGGCGCAUGGGUUGUUCUUGCUCAUUGUGUACCCAUCCGACAACGCGCCGUCUACACUGGAUUCCUGGGCGCAUUCUCUGGAGUGGGCGGCAUCAUUGGGCCCCUAAUUUCCGGGGCUCUGACUGACAGUCAUCUCUCUUGGCGGUGGGCUUUCUACGUCAGCAUCCCAAUAGGAGUCGCCACGCUGGCAUUGAUAUGCUUCUGCUUCAGGCCGCCUCAACAACCCGAACAGAACAGGAACAAGACAGUUAAACAGAAACUCAUGGAGUUUGACGUGCUGGGACUCUCUAUCUUCUUCGCUUGCAUGAUCUGCUUGCUGCUCGCUCUACAGUGGGGCGGCUCGGAGUAUGCGUGGAACAGCGGCCCCAUGAUUGGGCUCCUCGUGGCAUUUGGGGUUCUUCUCAUUUGCUUCAUCAGCGUGCAGGCAUGGAAGGGAGAUAAAGCGGCUCUGCCUCCACGCCUGAUGAAGAUGCGCAAUGUCGCUUUCGCAUGUUUCUAUGCUGCGUGUAUCGACGCAGCCUAUUACACUGCAGACAUCUGGCUCCCAAUCUGGUUUCAAGCCAUCAAAGGCGAAUCAGCUAGAGAGUCUGGCAUCAAGCUUGUCCCAUAUGUCGGCGGAGAGGUCCUCGCCGCUUUGACUGCCGGCUACUUGGUCACCCUUACCGGCUGGUACAACCCCUUCAUGCUCAUUGCUACGGCCUUAGCAUCCAUUGGUCUAGGCUUGAUGACGACGUUCGAGAUUGAAACCGGACCCAACAAAUGGAUCACAUUUCCUAUGAUUGCUGGAAUCGGCGUUGGAUUAGGAUCGCAGCAGCCCAUGAUGGGUGUGCAGUCGACGCUCGCCCUUUCCGACAUUCCCGCGGGCACGGCUGCCGUCACAUUAUUCCAGAACCUGGGACCGGCUAUUCUCAUGUCCAUCGCCAAUGCCGUUUUCGCAAAUGGCUUAACAAAACAUCUCUACGGCACAGGGGGCUUCAGCGGACAGACUAUCGCCGACAUGGGGGCCACCAACCUCAAGGCAAUGAUCCCAGAAGAGCUGCUCCCUGCUGUCAUUGAGGCCUAUAACAAGGCACUCAACGAAACGUUCAGUGUACCCAUGGCCGUUGCCGCUAUCUCUAUCGUCGGGGUUGUAGGUAUGAAAUGGAAGAAGUUGCCUGCUUAG